GUAUGAUAGCGUGGGGCGAUGUCCAUCCUCAAGUAGUUACCGAGGAAGUAGGAAUUCCAAAUCAGAGAUAGCUCAAACUUGCGCCAGUAGAACAAUGUGAUAGUUUCAUGGGCUGCGUGGCAACAAGCGAGCCACAGCAGUAUCGUGAAAGCAAUGCAAGCUCCAAUUACUCGCAAACCCUAAGAACAUUUUUUAAAAGUAUCUUGGAAUCGAGGGAAAACGAUGGCUCCCACCAAGCAGCGCCACCACACCGUAGUGCUGGUGCCGGCGACUGGAUUCGGGCACCUCAACCCGGCGCUAGAGCUCGCCCGGCAGCUCGCCCACCGGGGAGUCGAGGUAACUAUCAUUGUCUUCCACGAGCACCUCCCCGUCGCCCAACGCCGGGUGCUCAAGUCCCCCGGCUUCGACGCCGCUCGCGCCAGCAUCCGCCUCGUCCCAUUCCCGGAGCCACUGCGAGGCGACAACCCCUCGCAGCCCAUCGCGGCGCUGACCCAGGUGAUCCGGGAGGAGUUCAAGCUAGAUCUAGAUCAAGCAGCAGUCCCAGCAGAGAAUGGGAAGGUCACGAAGCCCAGCCUCCUCAUCUCGGAUUGCUUCGUCAAGUGCCAGGACACCGCCGACGAGCUCCAUAUUCCACGGGUGGUGUUCUGGACCGCCGCCACUCUGAGCGAGAGCAUCUUCGCCAGCGUCCCACUGCUCAUAUCCACGGGCCACAUCCCAGUCCACACGAGCCCACACAAGGACAAGAUCGUCUCGGUCCUGCCCGGAAUGCCGGUGCCGCUCGCCACCACCCGGCUACCACUCUGCUUCUACGGCGUCGACCACGAUUUCUCCCCGUUCGCGAUCGCUUGCUUCGAGAACUCAUCGCGGGCGCAGGGAUUCCUGGCCAAUACCGUCGAGGAGAUCGAGGCCGAGGUGGUGGCCGUCCAGCGCAGCCAGCUCCAGCGCUACUUCCCAGUCGGCCCCCUCAUCCCGCCCGAGGUCCUUGAGGACGCGGUGGAUCACCCGGUCAUCCACUGGCUGGAUGGAAAGCCACCGCUCUCGGUGCUCUACAUCGCGUUUGGGACGGAAUCCAUCCUCCCGCUCCACCAGUUUGAGAAGCUGGUCGCCGGGCUGGAGUCGAGCAAGCGGGCGUUUGUGUGGAGCAUGAGAAAGGUGGUGCCCGAGGCCGAGGACGAGUUCUACGACUCGGUGAAGAGGAGGCUGGCUGGGCAGGGGCUUGUCGUGGAUUGGGCUCCCCAGAGAGCUAUCCUGGAUCAUCCAUCCAUCGGCGGCUUCUUUACGCACUGCGGGUGGAACUCGACGCUGGAGGCGCUGUGCGCUGGGGUGCCGACGCUGUGCUGGGCGUUUGGCGCGGAGCAAAACAUGAACAGCCUGCUCAUGACGCACAAGUGGGGGAUCGGCGUGGAGGUCGGGCACGGGCCGGAUUGCGACGUGGACGAGCGGGGUAUUGGGGCGGCGAUCGAGGGGCUACUGGCGGGGGAGGAGGGAGCCGCGAUGAGGAAAAGGGCGAUGGAGAUGAAGGGAGUGGUGGCGGCGGCGAUGGAACCGGGAGGGUCGUCUUACGAGAGCAUGAACGAAUUCGUGAGGACCUUUUGUCCAAUGUAAAUUGAAGAUGUUUAUAAUUAUUAAGAUCAUUGACUGAUCAAAUGUUCGAUGGAA